AUGACUAACAUCAAGCCUGGCGACACUUUUCCCAGUGACGUGGUCUUCCAAUACAUCCCAUGGACAGAGGAGAGUGGUGAAAUCACCUCCUGCGGAAUUCCCAUCAACUACAAUGCUUCCAAGGAGUGGGCGGACAAGAAGGUAGUCCUCUUCUCGGUUCCCGGUGCCUUCACACCCACCUGCUCCGUCAACCACGUGCCUGGAUACAUCAAGAACCUACCCCAACUUCGGCAGAAGGGAGUAGACAUUGUCGCCGUGGUGGCUUUCAACGACCCCUUUGUCAUGAGUGCUUGGGGCAAAGCGAACCAGGUGCGCGGCAACGACAUUCUUUUCCUCACCGACCCCGAAGCACGAUUCUCCAAGAGCAUUGGAUGGGCAGACGAAGCGUCUGGCCGUACCGGCCGCUAUGCCAUUGUCAUUGACCAUGGCAAAGUCAGCUACGCGCAGAUUGAGACCGAGCGAGGUGCUGUCAAGAAAUCUGGCGCCGAUGCUGUCCUUGCCUCCUUGUAA